AUGUGAUUACUCCCUGGCUGUUGUGCUAGGUGGAAUUUUUUUAAGCUAUCCAAUUAAUAUGCUAAUGAGCUGAUAAAUAUUUAUGUCAGAUUUAAAUUAUGUAGAAAGCUUUCAGUGCACUCUGCAGAAUGAAUUGCUCACAGGACUUCAAAGCACACUCUGCAGCUCUAACAAGCGGGGGGAGGGGGGAUUUGCAUACAGUACUAAUCAGCUGCAUACUGAUUAAGCUUCAUUAUGGAAACUGCCAGCUGCAAUCUUUGUUUGUAUUUUAUUACAGAAAAAAGGGGAACUUUUUCAUGCUUCAGUUGUCUUGAUGAUUGUAGUGUAAAAUAGCUAGCAGAGAGGCUCUAAAAGUACAGAUAUUGAAGUUCCCUUUGCAGUAUUGCUUUCUCAGAUUGCUGUAAAGUAACUGGGCUUUCGUUUUGUCAAGUUGCAAAAGGUAACUGCUGAGCAGUAGUUUUGUAUUGUUUCUUUUCUUUAUGGACCCCUUGACACCAUGUUGGACUGCAGCGACUAUGUUAUAGGCUGACUUGAAACUGGAGUUAUUGAACGAACGCACACACCUAAAAUAAAUCAAGAAUGAGUAAUCCGUCAGAAACGAAUAAACCUACGAUGGAGAGUGGUGAUGGGAGCACAGAUAUAUAUACAACAGGAUAUGGUCCACUACAACAUCUAAUUUGCUGGGAUGUCCUGGCUGCAGGCAGCAAACUUGCAAGUGCCCAGACAAAUGGAUUGGACUUUCAGAGACAGUCUGUGCAAACAAGUGCAAUCACUAAUGCACAUGCACAGGCAUUACUUCAUCAGGUCCAGCUUGCAGGAGCAAGUUUACAGGCUGCUUCUCAGACAGUAAAUUUCCAGUCUAAAACAGAAGAAUCUGCUGAUUCUCAAGUCUCAAGUCAGCCUUCCACUCAGCACUCAGUACAGGGUGCUCUCCCACAGACUCCGCUCAUGUUGGCAGGAGGACAGAUCACUGGACUAACCUUGACGCCCGCACAGCAGCAGUUGCUACUCCAACAAGCACAGGCUCAGCUGCUGGCAGCAGCAGUCCAACACUCUGCCAGUCAGCAACAUAAUGCCACCGGGGCAACCAUCUCUGCAUCUGCAGCUACUCCAAUGACACACAUACCCCUUUCACAGCCUAUCCAAAUAACACCAGACCUGCAGCAGCUUCAGCAGUUUCAGCAGCAAAACUUGAAUCUGCAGCAGUUUGUGUUGGUGCAGCCGGGACACCCAAUUGCAACCCAGUUGCAACCGGCUCAGUUCAUUAUAUCACAGACGCCGCAGGGGCAGCAGAGUCUCCUGCAAGCUCAAAAUCUUUUAACACAACUACCUCAACAAAGCCAAGCUAACCUCCUGCAGUCACAACCAAGCAUCACCCUCACUGCACAGCCAGCUACGCCGACGCGCACAAUAGCGGCGACACCCAUUCAGCCACUUCCACAGAACCAGACGACACCAAAGCGCAUAGACACUCCCAGUUUAGAGGAGCCCAGUGAUCUGGAGGAGUUGGAGCAAUUUGCUAAAACUUUCAAACAGAGGAGAAUCAAACUGGGAUUCACUCAGGGCGAUGUUGGACUUGCUAUGGGGAAACUGUAUGGAAAUGAUUUUAGUCAAACAACAAUCUCUCGCUUUGAAGCCUUGAAUCUCAGCUUUAAAAACAUGUGCAAGCUUAAACCCUUGCUUGAAAAGUGGCUAAAUGAUGCAGAGAAUUUGACAUCUGACCAAGCUUUGUCCAGCCCAAGUGUCCUGAACUCCUCAGGAAUGGGAAUAGAGGGGCUGAAUCGCAGGAGGAAGAAACGCACCAGCAUUGAGACCAACAUACGAGUGGCCUUAGAAAAGAGUUUUCUGGAGCAGAACCAAAAGCCUACCUCUGAGGAGAUCACAAUGAUAGCUGACCAGCUGAACAUGGAGAAGGAGGUUAUUCGUGUCUGGUUCUGUAAUCGACGGCAAAAAGAGAAAAGAAUCAAUCCGCCUAGCAGUGGCAGCAUGAGCAGCACUCCUAUUAAAGCAAUCUUCCCAAAUCCUGCUACACUAGUGCCCAGCACUGCUAGCCUUGUGACCAGUAAUACACCGACUACACUGACUGUAAACUCAGUUCUGCCUAUAACAAGCACUGCUGUAACUAAUACUGGCUUCACAGGUAUGAGGGACACAGAUACUUCUGCAAUAUUGCAACAACUUUAUGCUUAUUAUCACGGCACAACAGGAAUUGGGUCUGCCACUAACACAGCAUCCGUGAUCUCAUCCACACCGGUCGCUUCCUCGGCUGUGACCUCACCUUCACUCAGCCCUUCCCCUACUUCAUUAUCUACGUCAGCCACAGAAUCGGUCAGCACACAUGAGACCAGUACCACCACACAAGCAUCCACUGCCGUGUCUUCUCCAUUGGGUACCAACCAGGUCAUGGUGACAGCGUCUGGACUGUCAGCAGCCUUGCAAGGAGCAGCCACGCAGCUGCCUGCUAAUGCAGGAUUGGCAGCUAUGGCAGCAGCAGCAGGACUUAAUCCUGGUCUGAUGUCCUCUCAAUUUGCACCAGGUGGUGCCUUAUUAAGCCUCAAUCCAGGAACAUUUGGCAGUGCUUUAAACCCAGCAUUGUUGAGCAACAGUACCCUUAUUCAAGCUCUUGCAUCUGGCGGGUCCCUUCCAAUAACCUCUCUGGAUGCCAGUGGAAAUCUCUUGUUUGCCAAUGCAAAUGCAGGAGGUAACCUUGUGACUGCCCCAUUGUUCCUUAACCCGCAAAACCUUUCUUUGCUCACCAGCAACCCAGUCAGCCUGGUUUCUGCGGCUGCUGCCUCUUCAGGCACUUCUGCACAGGCCCUGAACCUCCAGGUCACCUCAGCUGUAGCCGAAUCAAACCAGAACGUUGUCACUUCUGCAGGCGGGGCGGCUGCUGCAUCAACCAUCACUACCGCCUCCAAGGCCCAAUAAACUCGAACGGGUUUUUUGUGCUUUUAAAGCUUGUUUUGUGUUUUUUUUUUUUUUUGCUGCCACCAAAAAAAGAAACCCUCUGGAAAAAAAGGACUUUCUUUCUACACCAUGUGCCAGAAGCUUUUCUCAACCUUGACAUACAUCAGUCACUGUUGGUCCUGCAAGAGACUAAUUAAAUGAUUUCAUUGUCUUCAUCUGUCAGGAGUUUCUCGACUGAAUCCUUCAGUGUCUUGACAGUGCAGUGUUAUUGGUUGCUUGUGGCACAAAAAAAUGGAAUAACUGCCUAAUUUCAUAUUUUUGGUUUCAGGACUGCUUCAACUAACAUAGACAAUUCUAACCAAAAAUGAGAUGAUGGACUUUAUCAGUUCAGUUAACAUAAUGAAUUAAGAUUCAUUAACAUAAGGGUUUUAAGUACACUUAUAUAUGUUAUAUUAGGUUAUUGUUAUUUUAAUUGUAUUGGGUCUGUUGUACAGGCCUUUUUUGUUUGUUAACAGUGUUUAUAUCAUGGUAAAAAAUAGUACUGUUUUUUUUUUUUUUUUUGCUGCAGUUUAGGCAGGCGCAUACUUUUUGGGGGGUAUAUUUGUGUGUGUUUACUGUUCAGAGAGUUACUUACUUUUCUUUUAAGGUUGUAAAAUCCCUAAAUGAAAAUGUUGAUUAGAUGGCUCUAAAACUUGCCCCUUGCUGGAUGAAGACGCUGGCGGUUUCCAUACUUCUUGGUUGUUCGGGAACAUUGCAACAUGACUGGCUCUUUUUUUUUUUUUUAUUUCUCGCUGGAAACACUGAUGAUAAAGCAGCCUUUUGUAUAAGUGGAUUAAUAGCAGCUACACUGAGGGAAUAGUGAUUUAAGUGUUUAUUCAGGGUUGUCUGCAAAAUCGCAUAUGUGCAAUUCUUUGUAAGCUUGACUAGAAGUUAAGUGCAGAAUAAGGAAAUAAAGUAAGAGUUUGCCAAAGGGAGGGUCACACUGCUGUGGAUCCCAAGAGUUUUUUCCUAUUUCAGGUUAAAAGUUUUUUCCUUUUUGUUUGAGUAGCUGCUGACCUGGAUUAAUUUCUAGCCGUGCUAUGCAAAAAGAACAGAGAAUGUUGUAUGCACACAUGCGAUUAUGUAUGCACUGGAAGUUUUUAUGCUCCAGUUGGUUGGUUCUUUGCUGUUUUCAAGAAAAAUAGUUUUUUUAAUUUUUAUUUAUCAGCUGAUCAAGUUGGGAUUUAUUACAUGGUGAUAAUCUAGUAGAGAGCCAAAGGAUUGCAGCUGUAGUUUUAAAAUCACUGUGUGGGGCCUAAAAUUAUAAAAAGGCUCACUGGAUGUUUUUAAGGGUAGAGGUGUGAACUGAUUGGAUUAGGGGAGAAGCUGUCUGUUGCGUGAUGAAGUUUUUUGUGCAGUAUGACUUUAAACUUUUCCUUCUACGUGUGCACAUAUCUGUACCAAAAAAAAAAAAAAAAAACA